ACCGGUGUGGGCUGACCAAUGGCCAGCUGCCAUGGGCGUGUUCAGUGGCGCUGUGCUUUCUUUCUGGUUCGAGCGGCGUGGGCUAAAGCAGUGUGUUUGGGAGCUUUUACUGAUUCAUUCUGCAAGAAUAGCGACUUCUAGCUGAUUCAGAAUGGACUCCUCUUUGAGUGCAGCUCAAAUCCGCGAGAAGUUCAUUGACUUCUUCCGUCGCCAUGAGCACCAGUAUGUCCACUCAUCAUCCACCAUCCCGAUGGACGACCCCACACUGCUUUUCGCCAAUGCUGGCAUGAACCAGUUUAAGCCCAUUUUCCUCAAUACCAUCGAUCCGUCCCACCCCAUGGCCAGGCUGCAGCGCGCUGCUAACACCCAGAAGUGUAUUCGUGCAGGGGGCAAACACAACGACCUGGAUGACGUGGGCAAAGAUGUCUACCACCACACCUUCUUCGAGAUGCUGGGUUCCUGGUCCUUUGGGGACUAUUUCAAGCAACUGGCCUGUAAGAUGGCCUUGGAUCUGCUGACCCAGGAGUUUGGAAUUCCCAUAGAGCGUCUUUAUGUGACUUACUUUGGGGGUCAUGCUGAUGCAGGCCUGGAGCCCGACCUGGAGUGCAGACAGAUCUGGAUCGACCUAGGGAUGGAGGAGGCUCGUAUCCUCCCAGGUAGCAUGAAGGAUAACUUCUGGGAGAUGGGAGACACCGGUCCCUGCGGCCCCUGCAGUGAGAUCCACUACGACCGCAUCGGAGGAAGGGACGCUUCUCACCUGGUGAACAUGGAUGAUCCCAAUGUUCUGGAGAUCUGGAACCUGGUGUUUAUCCAGUUCAACAGAGAGUCUGAGACUGAGCUGAAGCCUCUGCCCAAGAAGAGCAUCGACACAGGGAUGGGUCUGGAGCGUCUGGUGUCUGUCCUGCAGAACAAGAUGUCCAACUAUGACACUGACCUUUUCAUCCCGUACUUUGAAGCCAUUCAGAAGGGUACAGGUGCUCGACCCUACACCGGUAAAGUAGGUGCUGAGGACGCCGACGGUAUAGACAUGGCCUACCGUGUGCUCGCUGACCACGCCCGCACCAUCACCAUUGCCCUAUCAGAUGGCGGUCGGCCUGACAACACAGGAAGAGGCUAUGUGUUGAGGAGGAUCCUGCGUCGUGCUGUCCGUUAUUCCCAUGAGAAGCUUGAAGCUCAGAAAGGAUUUUUUGCCUCUCUGGUGGAUGUGGUGGUCGAAUCCCUGGGUGAUGCCUUUCCAGAGCUGAGGAAAGACCCAGAAAUGGUGAAAGACAUUAUUAAUGAGGAGGAAGUGCAGUUCCUCAAAACCCUCAGCAGGGGACGCCGUAUCCUCGAUAGGAAGAUCAUGAGUCUGGGAGACUGCAAGAUCAUCCCAGGUGACACGGCAUGGCUGUUGUAUGACACAUACGGCUUCCCUCUGGACCUGACCUCCCUCAUCGCAGAGGAGAAAGGCAUGGCCGUGGACUUGGCUGCAUUUGAAGAGGAGAAGAAGGCAGCACAGUUGAAGUCUCAGGGUAAGGGUGCAGGAGACGAGGACCACAUCAUGUUGGACAUCUACGCCAUCGAAGAGCUGAGAAACAAAAAUAUACCCGCCACAGAUGAUUCUCCCAAAUACAAAUACACUGCUGAUGAAGACGGCAAAUACGAAUUUGAGCAGACCUCAGCAACAGUGCUGGCCCUUCGCCGUGACCGCGCCUUCUGUGAUGAAGUGACCACGGGUCAGGAGUGCGGAGUACUGCUGGACCAGACAUCCUUCUAUGCUGAGCAGGGUGGACAGACAUUUGACGAGGGCUACAUGCUCAGAGAGGACGAUGGAACAGGGGAUCGGAUGGAGUUCACAGUGAAGAAUACCCAGGUCCGAGGAGGGUACGUUCUCCAUGUGGGGACAGUCUAUGGCACGCUGAAGGUUGGAGACCAGGUCACCUUACGUUUAGAUGAGGCUCGUCGAAGACCCAUCAUGAGCAACCACACUGCCACACACAUCCUAAACUUUGCCCUGCGGGGGGUUUUGGGAGAAGCAGACCAGAGGGGCUCACUGGUCGCUGCCGACCGCCUACGCUUUGACUUCACUGCUAAAGGUGCCCUGAGCACAGGGGAGGUCCGGCGGACUGAGGAGAUUGCUUGUGCCUUGAUAAGAGAAGCCAAGACGGUUUAUGCCAUGGAAGCCCCUCUUGCACAAGCCAAGGCCAUUCAGGGUCUGCGCGCUGUAUUCGAUGAGACCUACCCCGACCCUGUCCGAGUUGUGUCUAUCGGUAUCCCCGUUGAGGAGCUGUUGAAGGACCCCGACAGCGCUGCUGGUUCUCUCACCUCUAUUGAGUUUUGUGGUGGAACCCAUCUGCAGAACUCAGGUCACGCCUCGCCGUUUGUCAUCGUCUCAGAGGAGGCCAUUGCUAAGGGCAUCCGCCGCAUUGUUGCUGUGACAGGAGCAGAGGCCCAGAAGGCCCAGAGGAAAGCCGACUCCUUGCACCAGUCGUUGUCCGCACUGGGAGACAAGGUGAAGCAGCAGAAAACCCCAAACAAGGACAUGCAGAAGGAGAUCGCUGACAUGACGGAGUCAAUAGGCACUGCUGUGAUCUCCCAGUGGCAGAAGGAUGAGAUGAGGGAAACCCUAAAGGGCCUGAAGAAAAUUAUGGACGACCUGGACCGCAGCUACAAGGCUGACAUCCAGAACAGAGUCCUGGAAAAGACCAAUGAGGUGAUCCAAAGCAACCCCAACCAACCACUGCUCAUCAUGGAGAUGGAGACCGGAGCCUCUGCUAAGGCGCUGAAUGAGUCACUGAAGCUGCUGAAGAAAAAUUCCCCUCAGACCGCUGCCAUGCUCUUCACUGUUGACCCCGACGCCGGCAAGAUCACCUGCCUGUGUCAAGUCCCACAGGAUGUGGCCAACCGUGGUCUGAAGGCCAGCGAGUGGGUUCAGGAGUUGUGCCCCCUGCUCGAUGGCAAAGGAGGUGGCAAGGAUAUGUCAGCCCAGGCCACAGGCAGGAACACGCAGUGCCUGCAGGAGGCGCUACAGAUUGCCAACGAGUUUGCACGGCUUAAACUGGGAGAGCAUUAAGAGCGAGCGAGGUGUCUGUAGGGGGUGGGGGUGGAGAGAGCAGGAGAGGGGGUUGCGGUGAAGUUGAAUAAAAGGUGCUGGUUGAGUCUUAGCUAAGUUACAAAUCAAACUUUUCCUGUUGGCAUUUCCUCUCCUCUUUUCCUCUCCCUUUGGUUCAGAAAAGAUAAGAAAGCAAACAAAACUCGUGUUUCUUGCUGCUGACAUGUUAACAGACCACUGACACUCAGCCAGCUGUAAAUGAGCCACUUCUAUAUUUAUUGGAGCAACGAUUGAUGACUUUACCCAGUAAAAAAAAAACAUCCCUGUGGAAUCUGCUUGAAUAUAUGGGUGUUAAGGGAAAGAGGCCAGCAGAUGUCUUUUCUUUGCAUGCUUGUGUACAGGGGAAAAGAAAAGCAGUGUACUUGUAAUUGAUUUUAGCCUCCUACAAGUGCUGUAGUUUCAGCUUUGGAUUCCUGUUCUCAGCACAAAGUUGGCUCUUGGUAAACUUCCACCCUGCCUCUGUGGUUGUUUCAUCUCACUGUGGUCUUCUUGUCUAUUUAAAAACAGCCCCCAAAGCACUUGGUCUCUCCCUCUUGUUCAGGGCUGCUUUGAACCAUUGGCUUCUUGUACUACUUAAGCUCAGCACUCUGAAAGUGUGGAAAGUCAGCUAAUCUCUUAAAUGAUUUAGGUUCAGUGUACACAGUAUGUCCUUUGUUGGCUUAAGACUUUUGAUGUGAUCUCUGACCAGUGGCUCCGUCCAUCUGUGUGAGCGAAGGCCUGAUUUCUCUCCUGUGGCUGGUUGGACUUCAGUUGUACGAGCAGUAGCUGUAUCAGUCUUGCUUUUGAAAUAACGAGCCAUUAUCUGACAUACGUUGACGGGUUUAAUUAAGUAAAUUAAUAAUUCACUAACUGUAUAAAAUGAUCAUGAACUUUUCCACAAUUAAUCUGUGUAAUUUCAUUUUGCUGACAUUUAAUAAUUGAUUGAAUGCAGAAUGUUGAAAAUGUCUUUUAUCAUUGUAGUUGUUCCUUGUCAGAGAAAUGUCAUGUUAUGGGAAUGGAAUAAAAACGACCGCUAAAUGC